AUGCAGUCGAGCGCUCUCCCAGCAGGGCCAUCUCUGGACCCCCAACAGCCCGCGGGUCAACGUCAGAUUGUGCCCCUCAGGGACAAUGGUGCCACGGUCGGUGAUACCGUCAUACCGCAGCUGUCUGCAGGUACCCCAGGGACAGUGCCGCGGAAAGCCUCCUACACCGCCAACCUUGAGGCGCAGGUACGCGUCCUGGAGAAGGAGGUCCACCUUCUGCGCGCUGGACUGGAGCAGAACGAGAAAUUAGGCCGCGUUUCCGAAAUUCCUGCUUCGCUGCAACGACGCUCGUCGGCGUCGCCAUCGUCAAGACAAGUUCACUUUGGCCCCUCAUCGGUUGUCAUGCCCUCCCCAACGCCACAGCCAACAAGCACGUCCUCUGCUGCGGUCACUGAAGUAAACAGUCGUCCUCGCCUCGUGUUUGGGCAACGCGUGAACCCGACGCACUCACGUAUCUCCGCACACGGCCCUUCUAACGCGGAUCCUUGGCAAACACGUCGCUCGAGAAGCUUCGUCAAGCCCAGCCGUACGAGGACGCGUGCCGGACCAGCGCCCUCGUCCUCUACUACACCAGCUACCUCCACCACCUCAGUGCAACUCUCGCCAGCUCACGCCUCCCUUCGUGGAGGCAACACCAACGGCAUCCCUCUGCAAGGUGCCGCCACUGGUGGUACACUGGUCUCUCCUGUUGCCGCGGACACACAGCCCGCUGCCGCCUCGCCCGCCGGCUCCUCCUCCGCGCCUUCGGCGGCGGCAACAGUGUGGGCGUCAGCUGACCCGCGCCUGCUCUGGCCACGCGCAGCGACAGCCGCGGCUGGCACUCUUGUGAGCGCGUCCGAGCUUUCCCAGUAUCCAUUCCGGACCAUGACAACGUCCUCGCCGGCGGCGGCAUCCAGGUUAGUGACUUCAGACGCACCUGCUGCCAGUAGUGCGCCGUCCGUCAGAGCUCUUGUAGAGACAGCCGGCGCUGCUGCAUCACCCAUUGAAGUAGCAAUGAGCAGCGAUGGACCUCCCCUGGCAUCCUUGACGCAGCCGGCCAUGCCCGCUACGAGUCCGGCAGCUGAAGCAACGCCAUUCCCAGCUGCAGCGCCAGCCGUCUUGCCGGCGUCCUCGCCACCUGCCCUAUAUACUGCACACACCGUUACCCACCCGCUUUCCCGUGCAACGGUUCCGCCUCCCUCCGUAGUCGCCGCCGCUUUGUCCACAGAUGCUUCAGCAGUGCCCCCCGAAGCGAGCGCCUCCAGUUCAGCGCCAGCCACAGUCGCCCAACGAGAGGCAGAAGCCCUGGCCCUGCGUGACACGCUUGCCCAGCGAGACGCUCUACUGCACCGUCUGCUGCUAGUGCUCCACGAUCAAAAUGACAACGUUGGCGCUCGCCGUCAGCGUUUGCCAGAGAAGGCGGCAACAUCACCGCUGCUCCGUCAAGACGCCGGUGCGGCGGUGGCGGCCCUGGAGGAGAGCGAGCGGCAGCAGAGUCGGAAGGCGAUGCGUUUUUUGGCUGAGGAGUUGUUUGCCGUGCAGACGCAGCUGAGUCACGCUCGAACCUCACAUCAGCUCGUCGUUGCUGAGCUUCACACAUGUCGUCAGCAGGUGCAUCAAGCAUCGCUACAGCAACAGCAGCUAGCAGCAACACCAGAGAAAGCUUCCCCUGAUGGGAUGUCGCAGCCGUCUUCAGACUCGCUCCAAGAGCAACUCGACGUUGCCCUCAAGAAGCUGAAAGCGUGGGAGGACUGGUAUGCGACAAGUGCCACCGCAGCAGGGGAUGGAGCUAUCGGUGUCACCGCAGGCAACAGCAACGCUCUUCCAAGCGCAAAGGAUGCGUCGUAUCCGCCGCAGCAGCUGCCGCAAUCGAAGAUGGACAACACAGAGAAACAGACUGGGGUGGCAGCACCAGCAGCGGCAUCCAGGGGCCCUCAAGAGAAGAAAAGAAGCCACAAGCGAGAAAAGCGCGUGUACGGCGCGCCGACAUCGGGCUGGUGUCCGCACUGCGGCUUCGGGCUGCCUGGGCUCUCACCGGUGCCCGCUACGUCCGACUUUCCACCCCAUUACGCAUCCUUGUCGUCCCCCUCUGUACCCGUACAGCAGGGGCCGCCUGCUGUGACACCACCAGCGCCGUACGUGUCGGCAUAUGCGCUCAACUCCAUCCUGUACAACCGCUUGACGAACCAGGGCGGUGGCAGUGGCAUCGGGGCUAACGGCAACGUUGACGCGGAGCCAGAGGUGGCAGACAAGGCGUCAGGCAAGGCGGCAACACCAUCACCGCCACCGCCGUUAGAGGCAGCGCCAUCGUCCUCCCCUGCCCAGCCGACUGAAACCCACGGAAAGUCGAAAGAUGCGCGUGCAUCAGAAAAAGCACAUGCCGGCACUGGGCAUCAAAGCAGUCGCGCCGGUGUCUGUGGUGCGUCUCCGAUGUGGGCAGUGCCGAUGAGUGGGGCCAGCGUCGCCGGCGCUGCUGGCGUCGGUGGAGCUUUCCAUAAGAGAGCUAUGAAUACUGCGUUCCUAGGCGGCGGAGCGGCGAGCGAUCCCUCUCUCUCUCUGUACUGCGACCGACUCGACCACGCGCAGCAGCAGGCCUACCGCACUCAGCAGUACGUCACGCAGCUCGCCCGCGAAGCGGCGGUUCGGGAGCUUGCGGAGGCGGAGCGGCAGGUGGCGGAGCAGCGUCUCGCCCUCUGGGAACAUCGUCACUCAUACGCAGGCAGCCCCUCCGCUGUACCAUCAACUCCUCCUUUCCUUGCGCCGUGCUCCGCCACGCCAGACGGGCUGCAUAGCGCCGAGGUGGGCCGGCAAGAGGUCGUUGAGUGA